GCGAGUCGCGUGAUCUUAUCGACGGCCCGCGCGGCGUCGCUGUCGCGUGGGUCGUCCCGACCACCACGCCGGCCGCGCUGCGCGCCGCGCUUAAGCGCACGGGUUUCCCGACCAUCGUCAACAAACCGCUGUACGAGUCGAAGCUCCACCGGCUUCUGCACACCCUGGCCGGGGCGCGCGACGAGGACCUGCCAUGCGCUGGCUGCAAAAACUGCCCGGGGAGCCGAAAGGAGGAGGGGAAAGGCAAAGCCCCUCUCACCCGGCCCACCCCCCGGUUAUCCGAACAGGUCGGUAAUUACCGGUCGGGUUAUGGGGACGGCGGCGGUACUCUAAUGCGGACACAGAGCGCGCCUUUGGAGAUGGGCUGGGAUCGGGAGGAGUGCCACGUGGCAAACAAUGAUUGCAUCGUGGCUGAGAUGGGCGACCAGCCGCUGCGGGGGAUGGUUGUUUUGGUCGCCGAGGACAACCCGGUUUUGCAAAUGGUCGCCGCAAAAACUGUGACGAGGCUCGGGGCGCAGGUUGUGACGGCGAGUGACGGCGGCGAGGCGAUGGAAGCGAUCGUGCGACGGCGCGAGUCGACGAGCCAGAUGUUUGAUUUCAUUUUGCUCGACUGCCAGAUGCCCGUGAUGAGUGGUCUCGAAGUGACGCGCCGCCUCCGCGAACUAGAGGCGGCCUCUCGGGAGCACACCCCGGUCGUGAUGCUCACAGCCAGCGCCACGCCCGGGGAAGACCCCCGGGCCUCCGAAGAGGCGGGGGUGGAUUUGUACCUUACGAAACCCAUAGAUGCUCGCUCGUUUGUUCAGAACGUUACGGCGAUCCUUCGGGAAAAAGGAGAGCCGAGAAAUUAG